AUGGCAGCCUUUUCACAUCAACACGAACCUUUAUCUGUUGACUCAAUUCUCUUGCCGAACAUAACUACACCUAUUAAGAACAUGAACAUGUACGGUUUUUUUGAAGAAGCUGGAAACGAGAUCAGUACCAACUGUUUUCCCCAAAUUUACCCUCCUGAAACUUUUCAUGAAACACCUAGUUUUGAUUUUAGAUUUCAUGAAAGUAGCCAUCAAGAUCACAGCUCUAAGGUGUCUCUUAGUGAUAAUGAGAUUUCUUUGAGUAAAAAACAGAGCACAGACUCCUCAACUGUGGUUGAUAAGCUUGAAACUGGAGAGCAAGUUACUCAAAAAGUCACUCCUAUGGACAGGAAGAGGAAAAAUACUAAUGGGUCCUUGAAUUCUGCUCAAUCAAAGGAUGGCAAAGAAGUGAAAAGCAAGAGACAAAAGAAAUGCUGCGGUGACGUGAAACAAGAAGAGAAGAAGCCAAAAGUUGAGAAGAAAGUUCCUGAAGAACCUCCAACAGGCUACAUUCAUGUAAGAGCAAGGAGAGGCCAAGCAACAGACAGCCACAGCCUUGCAGAGAGGGUGAGAAGAGAGAAAAUCAGUGAGAGAAUGAAGAUACUACAGCGUCUUGUUCCUGGCUGUGACAAGGUAACUGGGAAGGCCCUUAUGUUGGAUGAGAUCAUUAAUUAUGUUCAGUCCUUACAAAUUCAAGUGGAGUUCCUAUCCAUGAAGCUUGCCUCUGUUAACCCCUUGUUCUAUGAUUUUGGAAUGGACCUUGAUGCAUUCAUGGUCAGACCAGAGAGAUUAAGUAGCAUGUCUCCACCACUGCCAUCUCUGCAACAAUGCAGUCCUAUUCAGCCCACAGAUUUUGCUCAAGCCGCCGCCACCACCACCGCUACUCCUAAAACCACCUUUGCAACAGCAGCGAAUAACUAUUCUCUUGUUGAUAAUUCUGCUUCACUUCUGCUUCAAGGAAUGAGGACUACUGACUUCAGUACUACUCAUCAGGAUGGUGGUAGCCUAAUGUGGGAUGUAGAUGAGCAAAGACAAAAAUUUCUUAAUCCAUAUGGGUUAACCAACAACUUGUGUUCUUUCCAAUAA